GCCUCUUCCUCUACAUCUGCGCCCACCACAGGAGACCUAGACACCCAGCAGAGUUACUUCUUGCCUGUGGCAAGAAACCUCGGCUUUUCCUGAGUCCUCUCCUGUACCAUGAGCUCUGGCUCUGCCCAGGAUGUGGCAGUCGAGCAUUUCCUGCGUGACAUAGAGAGGCGAAGCAAGCGGCUACACUGCGCUGUGAUAGGCUGCGAGGAGGCGAGAUCCCGCAGCGACAUGAACCUGCUGUAUCGCAAGAGCCGUUUGGACUGGAGGCAGAGAGACCAAGAGGGAGGUAAAAAGAGUUCCACCCAGAACGACCCCUCAGCCACAGUUGGGAAAGUCAGAGACCUGGCUUCGUUCCGACGGCACUUCCGCAUGGGUUUCAUGACGAUGCCCGCCUCCCAGGACCUGUCUCCUCACACGUGUGCCUCGGCCAUGGCGCCACGCUCGCAGUCCUGCCACGCUGUCGGCGCGGGGGACGCCAGCCUCGAGAACGGAGAUUACUCUGACACUCAGUCCCAGCAUGGUGGCCGCUGCCCCCCAGCCAAACCCAAGCGUCAUCCAAGCACUCGCCUCAGCUCCUCAUCAGCUGACAACAGGGCACCUCCUGAGACCCCGACGCCCCCUCCAACCACUCACUCGCAGAGCAAGCACUCAGAGAAGAAAAAUGCCAUGAAGAAGUCCGACUCUGGGGAGAUCGGAGCAAAGAAGGUGCCUCCUUUAAAGCCCAAACGAAGUCCCAGCACCCAGCUCACCUUUGACUCUCUUCCUCCACGUGUGCCUCCUCCUGCCACAUCCAUGCCAUUCCAAGCUGCAGACUCUCAGAUCCAGGUAGGAGAUGGGGAGGAUGAGCCGGUCUACAUAGAAAUGGUGGGCCAAGUGUUCACCAGAGAGAGCCAGACAGCCACCCCCCAUCCAGUCACCCCCGUAGCCACCACGCCGGACUCUGACUCAGACCAGAGUGAGGCGAUCUAUGAGGAAAUGAAAUACCCACAUCAGGAGGACAGAGAGUCCCACAGACAUCUCCCUCCUAAACAUGAGAAACUGAAAGGCUCUAAACACUACCAUGUUACUCCUUCCUCCUCCAGCAGUUCCUCCUCUUUGCCGCGCCCCUCCUCUUCUUCUCCUUCUUACUCCAAACCUAAAGCUACAGUCUCCAUCUCCCACUCAUCUCCUCUGCCUUCCUCUGCCUCCUCAACGCCAGUACCACAGGUCCUCUCCACCAGUCCCCACACCCCACGAGCUCCAACUCCUUAUCUGCUCCAGGGGAGUAAAUGUGAGGGGGAGUCGAGCACGAAGAUCCCAGCCCCCUUCCCCAACCUUCUGCAGCACCGGCCCCCGCUGCUUGCCUUUCCUCAGCCUGCAGCUGCCUCCAGUGGGGUCGGGGUGCAGAACAAGACUUCUUCUUCUGCUAAAACUCAAACGUCCAGCACAGCAACUCAAGCCACCACUUCCACCUCCUCCUCGUCAGCUUCGUCUAAUGUUCUCUCGUCAGGGUCCAAGGAGUCCUCUGGAGGAAGUUCCAGCCAGCAGGACAAACACAGCAGAGAUGCCCAGUUAGGCCCCGCUCCUGGACUAAGAGCCAGGAGUCACUCCACACCUCUACCUCCCUCCUCCAAAUCCACCUCCCCUUUUUCCCAUCACCAUCACCAUCCUCACCAUCGUCCUUCGCACUAUCACCACUAUCGCAAGCCGGACAGAGGGGACUCCCCCGCCCCAAUCAAGAGCAACUCCCAGACGUCCUGCCAGGCCACAGCCCAGACCCAGACCUCGAGCUCAGGCAAGGAGGGCAAGUCUGUCAGCUUCCUGCUUAAGUCUGAUAAAGGAGAGAGGGAUAAAGACAAGGACAGGGAUCGAGACAGGGAGAGGGACAGGACUAGAGACAAGGACAAGGAGCGAGACAGAGACAAAGAGAAGGACAAGGAUAGAGACAGAGAUAAGGACAGAGAACGAGAAAGAGAAAGAGAGCGAGAGCGAGAUCGGGAUGGAGGGCCACACUCUUUACCGAUUGACAGCACGACCACAUCGAGCAGCCAAAUGUCUCAAAGCAGUACCAGCUCAACCCCUACGCCACUGUCCUCAUCCCAGCGCCCUCAUUCCCGCCCACAUCUCCGCUCUCACACUCCCCACGGCCUGCCAGCCUACAAGCCUCCCUCCUCAGACAGCCCUCUGCUCUGGACCUACCCGUCUGGGGGCUUCCGGAGGCCCCCGGCAUACGAAAGCCUGAGAGGCAGCUCUCAAACACCAUCUCUGCAACAGCCUUUGAGUCUCACUGGUGUGGGUGAAGGGAUGUCCAAGAGCAGCGGAGGGGCCUUGUCACAGUCAAAAGUUGGGUUCAUGCCCUGGGACAGCAGUGGCAGUUUGGGUGCAGAUGAGGGGUCUUACUGGCCCAUGCAGAGGAAACUCUCCUUCAGCCAUGGGAGCAGAGACACAGAGAAAGAUGAAGGACGAUCCUGGAACGGCAGUGUCGACGCUCUGCUGAGGAUGGACAAGGAGGACCUCGGGAUUUGCUCUCGAGGAGGUCACUCGAGCAUCCCGGUUCACUUCAGUGGCGCCUCCAGCAGGGCCCUGGGUCACAGCGAGGCCUUGGCAGGUGUGGACAGCAGUGUUGGAUUCAGAGCUCUGCCCAGAGCAGGGUUGCCUCUUCCAUGCCAGACCUUUCCUGCCUGUCGCAACGGAGAAGUGGGGCGGCUGGGCCGCUCCUCCUCUGCUGCUGGAGUGAGACAGGUGGGUGUAGGAGACGUCCAGAGACAGAGCAGUCUACCAGCACGAGAAGCCCUGAAUCAGCUGCAAGGUCUGGGGCCAACCCAAGCCCCCUGCAGUCCCAGCGCUCCCAGCGUGUCUCGGCAGCAGCAGCAGCUUCAGCUCCACCAGCAGCAGCUGCAGUUAAAGCAGCAGCUCCAGCAGCUUCAGCAGCAGCACCACCUACAGCUGCAGUUCCAACAGCUGGCCCAGCUGGCACAGGGGCAGCCCCCUGCUGGCGGGGGUGCCACCGCCGCCCAGACCCAGAGAGAUGGCAAGCUGCUGGAGGUCAUCGAGCGCAAGCGCUGCCUGUGCAAAGAGAUCAAGGCUCACAGGCGGCCUGACAAAAGCCUGUGCAAACAGGACAGCAUGCCCAUCCUCCCAAGCUGGAGACGGACACCUGAGCCUCGAAAUUCUGGCACCCCACCUUGUCAGAGGCCGCAGGCCGUCGUGUGGGACACAGCUAUCUGAGGUGAAGGCCCAGACCCUUAUGACCAGACUAAAGUGGAAUAAAGAAGAGUAAGAUGGAGAUGAUGUUUUAUGGAGAUAACCAUGGAUGAAGAAGAAGAAACUGCUGUCGUUGUGUUUGAGACUGAUCAGAA